CUUCAAUAGAAGUAAUCCUGUCAGAUAAGAGAAACUAGAUCCAAGGAAUCCACAAUGUCUGACCCUAUAGAUCCACCAAGUGCCACCGAGCUUGAACAAGAAGAAUUAGACCACCCAAUGAGGGUUAUAAUAAUCAUUAAUUCUCCUGACGUUCCAGAUGCAGAUAUGGAUGAAAGAUUGUUGGAUAACAUUCAAAGCUUUGACGCUAUGAAUGCUUUCUUUGAUAGCUUUGAUGAGGCCAUUGCCAUUCCUAAUGAUGGCCAUAUCAAAUAUGAAGUAGGCAGUGAUGGUCUUGUUGUUAUAGUGGUUGACUCUCGUGAUUUGAAAUUGAAAGCCUUAGGAUGGAUAGACGAUUAUCUGGCAAAACUCACCAGCACCGCUGCCAGCACUAACGAUGAAGGUGAUGAAGAUACUGAACCAUCUAAAAAACAGAAGAAAUAGAUUCCCUACUGCUUCUGUAUAAACACGUCUACGACUCCUAUUAAUGCAUUUGUUCUUCGCUUAAAUGACCAGUUUGUCCUUUAGUGAAGUUCACUUUACUUGAAAAGUGAUCUCACUUGAUUCAUGUCUUUGUAUAUUAGUAUUAUAUAAUAAAUGUCCGU